AUGGGCAAGUCGCGGGUGCGCUCAUUGUUCAAGAAAUUGAGAAAAGACGAGGAGUCUCAGAGCCCACCACCGCAACCUGACCCUGCGACCCCUCCAAGCAAUAGUGUCGCUACCAUUUCGAUCCCAUCUGCCAACAGUGGCACAAGUCAAGCCUCUUUGCCAGUCGAGCUCUUCCAACCACAGGACCUGUGGACGAUUGCCUUCGACAAAUUGGAUGCGGAGAAGCAGGCUAUCUUGUCGGAAGUCAAACCCCAAACAAAAUCGCGCGAUCAGCAGUGCCCCAUCGAGACGAAAAAUGUGGUUGACGAGGUCGUUGACUUGACGACCGAGCGAUACCGACAAUUCCAAAUCAAAGCCAGUGGAAGGUUCCACAAAUCUUGCAGGAGAAUACUGGAUGCAGCGCUCUCAUUCAAAGAAGUUAUCGGGGCUGCUGCGGGGCUUGAUCCCACGCAACACGCUGCCAGUGUGUGGGCGAUGGUCUCGUUGGGGUUGACGAUGACCGAAAAUUAUCACGACCGCCAAGACGCUCUGUUCGAGUCGUCAGACUAUCUGGCUGACACACUGGCACAAUGCGCUUUCAUCGAGCAGAAAUACUAUCGUACCCCAAACUCAUUUGACCCAGAAAACGUGGGAGAUGCAUUGGUCCGACUCUAUCUGGCACUCCUACGCUACACAGUCCAGGUUCAGAAAGAACUGGCUGCCAGUAGAGCAAAAAGACUUUGGGACUGUGUCUCUGCCAUGGUUGACAUUCCACUGACCGAGUUGAAAGACUCAAUCGAGCGUGCGCUGGAAGGUCUCGAUAGACGCAUCGUGCGGGACCAGCACCUCAAAAGGGGUGAACAAGCAGAAAUGAUCCUAUCAAAAAUCGACAAACUCGCGGAAUAUCUCAAGCAAUUCACGGAGCAGCUUGCUAUUGCCAAUCUACCAAUUGCUGAAACAGCGUCUUAUGAUUCUUACGCCAAUCAGAAUGAAGAGUUUUGCCUUCAGGGAACCAGAGAAGAGCUUCUUCGGGAGAUCUCCCAGUGGGCCGAAUCACGAGACGAAUUCAUGUUUUGCCUGAAAGGAAUGGCUGGAACUGGAAAGUCCACGGUUGCUCGAACGAUCGCACGAGAUCUUCAAAGUCGUGGACUGCUCGGCGCGACUUUCUUUUUCAAAAGAGGAGAUGCUGACAGGGGUGACGGCCGACUGUUCAUGUCCACCAUUGCGAGGCUUUUGGCCAUCAGGUAUCCAGAAAUCUCACCCGGAAUCCUGGAAGCAGUCAAAAAGGAUGGCCAGAUUAGCUCUAGACAUUUGAGCGAGCAGUUCGACAAGCUUCUUUAUCAGCCUCUCCUCGGCUUCCGGCCAGAAAUACUGCCAACUAUUGUCAUCAUCAUCGAUGCAUUGGAUGAAUGCGACAGAAGGGAUAAUAUUUUCGUUAUUUUGAAGCAUUUAUUCAGACUUCAAGGAAUCCCUACGAUUCGCCUCCGGAUUCUAUUGACCACUCGGCCUGAGUUUGACAUAGAGACUGAGGUCAACAAGAACAGCAACCGUCGGGACUUAGUUCUCAACGAGCUUCCCUUGCCAGUCAUCGAGCACGAUAUCGAGUUGUUUUUGAAAUACAAGUUUUCAGUCGUUCGGAUUAAGGAGUCACUUGAUCCCGACUGGCCUGGAGCCAAUCAAAUCGAACGCUUGGUACGUAUGGCAAGCCCAUUGUUUAUAUUCGCCGCAACUAUCUGCCGUUUCAUCAGCGACCAAACCUUUGACCCAGAACAACGUCUGCGGGAGUUUCUUGACCAACCAGCGACAGCAUCGGAAGAUCAAAUGGACCGCACGUAUCUACCAGUUUUGAACCAGCUUGUUGUUGGCUACAGUACGAGAGAUGCCGAGAAACAGAAACAAAGAUUCCUCGAAAUAGUCGGAGUGAUCAUUCUUCUUGCUGAUCCACUUUCCUUGACUGCUCUUUCUCAAUUGAUCAAUAUACCUGCUAAGGAUGUUGAUCGUGGUUUGCGAUGCUUUCAUUCUGUCCUGGCAGUACCAAAGGAUUAUACCACCCCAAUAUGCACUCUACACACAUCAUUCCGAGACUUUUUAAUCACAACUGACAGCAUUUUCCAAGUCAAUGGACAAGAGACCCAUGGAAAGCUAGCGUCGCAUUGUCUCCGGGUGAUGAUGUCCGGAUUAAAACACAACAUCUGUGGUCUUGCGAGUUACGGAACUAAGUUGGAGGACAUUGAUCAGCAAACCAUCGAUCAACGUCUACACCCUGAACUGCAGUACGCCUGCCACUUUUGGGUGCACCACCUCCAACGUAGCAAAGGUCAUGUUUCGGAAUCGGAUAUUCUGUCUUUUUUUGAAAAACAUUUCCUUCACUGGCUCGAGGCCCUGGCGCUGAUGAGAAGACUAUCUGAGGCGAUUGGAAUGAUCGACAUAUUAAAAUCUGCAACCACGGUAAGUGGAAGACUUUCACGAUCGUGGUUUGAGCAUCGAGCUAAUAUCCCUUUUAGAUUUAUGUUGAUCCACAACUUUCACGGUUCUUAG